CAUUUUUGUGCUGCUGAUAAUGCAAACAAAAUAUUAACGUCACUAUUUUGGAGACUUUUUUAAAUGCGGUUUUAAAGCCAUACGCUACUGAACUCAUCGGAGAUUCAAGUUUUAAAUAUUUAAACGCAUCUACGAAAGCUGCCAAAAACAGUCGAAAUUCAGCUGGCGAUCGAGAUAAACCCAAAUAAAUACAUUUAUUUGCAAUGAAAUUCGCUUUGGCUAUUUGUUUGCUGCUCUGCCUGGGAUUAAGUUGCAGUGUCAAUUCCUUGGACUGUCCAGAGAAAUGUCCAGAUACUCAAGAGCUUGUUUGGGCUCUUGGAGGUCGCUGUUAUCUGUAUCUUAACAAGUGUGAAUACGAUAAGGAGAACUGCAAACGCGAGACACCUCUGAAGAUUGUCACCAGGGAAGAAUGUCAACCUUAUUGUGCUUCUUUCUGCCCAGAAAGCUAUAAACCAGUCGAAGGAGAUCUUCGUUACUUUGGACAUGCUUGUGAAAAGAUUGCUCAUGUUUGCAGAACUGGCGAAUUAUUGAAACUAUAAUUGCAUUUUAAAUGGACUCAAUUC